AUGGCAGCGGGUGGAGCUAUUACAAACAAGACACUUGAUGAAGCUUUUCUGCUGAUUGAGAGCAUAGCUUUCCACCAACUUCAGUGGUACAAUAAGAAGCCCACAUCUGAUUCAUUGGUUUGCUUGCAACAAAUCACUACACCUCAACCACCAAUUCUUACACAAAAGCAUGAGCCUCUAUCUCAGUGUGACAAGGUUGAGCUUGCAUGGAUUAUAUUUGACGAUGAUGACACUAUUCUAGUUGACACACACGCUACAGAUCAUCUGGAUACUAGUGUUGGAGAUUCAGUUUUGCAUUGUGAUGAUUAUAACAUGGAUGAGCCAGAGCUGCAGUUCGUUGCUUUUGAUAUUGAGGAGUCACCUUUAGUUGAUAUUGAUCAUGUGCUGCUAGAGCCAGAUAUGGAGAAGUUCGCCUUUGAUGAUGUUAGCUGCAUUGAUUCUUCAACACUUGAGCCUGAGAUGGAGAGCUUCAUGGUUGAUUAUGGUGAGGUGGAUUCAGAUGUCAAGGAGUCAAGCUCUAUUUCACUUGUUGACACGAAUCCGGUGGAAAUUUCUACUACCACACCUCACUUGGUAUCUUCAAUGGAGGUAGUCCUGAAGCUUCUUCCUAACUAUCUCAGGUUGAUGCUUGUGUACCAUUUACUGCGAGUUGACCGAGUUCGAGAUGACAUUCCCUGGGAUCCUGGUGGACUUAGAGCAUGGGGAUGA